GGAUUUCACUUCAGUCCAGCCUCCAUUCACUCACGCGUGUAGGGAGUUGAGUUGAUCAGUGAACACAAACAGAGGAACAGCGCGGACCUGUUGAGGAGAAUGUGACAGCAAUUUAUUUUCUGUUAAAUUUGUCGAACCUCGUCGCCAAACCUUGGCACAUUUGUGUCGCUUUAAUAGCUUUUAAAGACGCCAUGGAGCCGAUAACGAAGUGGACUCAAAAGCAAGUUGUCGAAUGGAUGAGGGGUUUGGACGACAGCCUGCAGCAGUAUGUGAGCAACUUUGAGCGGGAGAAGAUCAGUGGGGAGCAGCUGCUGAAGAUCACGCAUCAAGACCUGGAGGAGCUCGGUGUGGCCAGGAUCGGCCACCAGGAGCUGGUGCUGGAGGCCGUGGACCUGCUCUGCGCUCUGAACUAUGGGGUGGAGACGGACAACUUGAAGAAUCUGGUUGUGAGGAUGCGAGCCGCCACCAACAGUCUACACAUGGCCACGUCUGACCGCAGGAAAAGCCCCGCGUACGACGGCAGCAUCUCUCGCAAGCCCCCCAACGACUUCCUCACCUCUGUGGUGGAUCUGAUCGGCGCUGCGAAGAGCCUCCUGGCUUGGCUCGACAGGACGCCUCUUACAGGGAUCAGUGACUUCACAGCCACCAAGAACAAGAUCAUUCAGCUGUGCCUGGAGCUCACCACCACAGUUCAACAGGACUGCAGUGUUUACGAGAUGGAAGAGAAGAUCCUGGAAGUUUCGAAGAUCCUGAACAACAUCUGCGAUCAGACCGUGAGAACCACCUCUGACCCCCUCAUGAGCCAGUCAGCAUGCCUGGAUGAAGUCCGGCUGACCAAUAUAAACCCGGGAGAGGGCCUGGGGAUGUAUAUCAAGUCUACCUACGAUGGGUUGCAUGUCAUCACAGGAACCACAGAACAUUCACCUGCAGACCUCUCUAGGAAGAUCCAUGCUGGCGAUGAGGUGAUCCAGGUCAACCACCAAACAGUGGUGGGCUGGCAGCUGAAGUACCUGGUUGUCAAACUGCGGGAGGACCCAAAAGGUGUGGCGCUACUUCUUAAGAAGAGGCCCACGGGCUCAUCAGGUUUCACCCCUGCCCCGCUCAAGAACAUGCGCUGGAAGCCCCCAGUACAACAGAACAAUUCCUCCUUGAUCAGAACCCAAUCUCCCUGCGGCUCGGCCAACGGCUCGACCAAAAAGGAGAAGCCGGCCAUCCUGGACUUAUACAUCCCCCCUCCUCCUCCGAUGCCUUACACCCCACGGUGAGCUAGAGGGGAGACAGAAACCUUCAGCAGCAUCAGUAAAAGACCAAAGGGCUCCGAGUCACCAAACUCCUACUUGGACCAGGAGAGCAUGAGGCGCUGCACCAUUGCAGAAUACGACAAACUGAGCUUCGGAUGUCCCAUCGAGGCCAACGUGAUCCAGAGCAGAUUGAGGGAGCACAAGCCCUCGCGUGGGAAGCCCCGACCUCUCUCCAUGCCAGUGGACACCUGCCUUGGGGUGAUAGAUCCCUAUGCUAAACCCUGGACACAAGGAAGGAAAGGCGAAGACCUCCUCUACAGAUACCUGAGCAACGAGAGGAUCCCCACCAUUGCAGAGGAGGUCCCCUCAGUGUCACCCCCUUACAGGCCUGCGGGAGAGCGUCACCUGGUCAGAGUGGACCACAUCAGGGGCAGCCGCUACUACUCCAACUCAGACCUCCACAACAGUGCCACCAUCCCCUACCAGGAGGACCUGAAAAAGGCCCCCGUAGGCCCCACCUCCAAGCGCGCCACAGCAGAUCGCUCCCUACUGGGACCUGACUGGCACUCUAGCAGUGACAUCCUCAACCGGUAUAAUCAACCACAAAUACGAUCCUGGUCCUUCUCCCAAGCAGCUGCCUUCCCCAUAUCUGUGCCUCCUUCCAUGGCUGCCGAUGACUACAACCCUGUCUCCCUCCGACACAAAUCCAAGAAGAAGAUUCGAGGAGGCAAUGGUACAAUGAGCAGGAGGCGGAUUUCGGUCAAAGAGCUGGGUCAACCAGACCACCAGGGCUGGCUGUACAGGAAGAAAGAGAGCAAAGGCUUCCUGGGUAUCAAAUGGAAGAAGUACUGGUUUGUGCUGAAGAAGACGGCUCUAUACUGGUACAACAACCAGCUGGCGGAAAAGGCUGAGGGCUACAUUGACCUCGCAAACUUCAUGAUCGACCGAGCCAUAGAGUGCAAGAAGAAACAUGCUUUCAAAGCUUGCCACCCACAAGUCAUGAUGUUCUAUUUUGCUGCUGAGAGCCACGAAGACAUGAACCUGUGGUUGAAUAAGCUCGGGCUAGCCUCCAUUAAGUAUGAACCAACAGAAGAAAACACGGCAGUCGAGUGUUACAGUGAAGCCAGUGACCAUGAAGAAGCUGAAAGCACAGAGAUUCCCCCUCCACCAUACUCUGAACAAACCCUGCGGGACUCUGUGGAUGCACCUGUCCCACCUGGAAGCACAAAUACGGGAACACUUCCUCCCCCCUACUCCUCCGCGGUUGCCAGCGAAGCCACCGGCUCGCUCUCGUCACCUGUCAGCACCAUGACAUCACAAAGCUCCACCUCCUCGCUCGCCAAGCACCGGCAGUCCUGGUUGGACCUGGUCUCGCAAGCACCCCCUCCCGCUGGGGAAACGGCAGUGGUGUGCUCAGUUCAAGUACACUCACACCAGCCUCCACAAGGGGAGGCUGAAGAAGAGGAGGACCACCAGGUGUCAGAGAGCUCUUCUUAUCAGGAUUCUCUGGAAAUGGGGUCCCACGAAGAAAGCCCUGCUGUGGAAGGGAAUGCUCCGGGGAUCGUUUCAGGUGCUGAAAGUGAAGGGGAUCGUGGGAACAGCUCCGAUGAGAUGGAGAAGCUGUAUAUUCAUCUAAAAGAGGCCAGCCUUUCGCCAAUAGGAGACCGUAAACCAUCCACGAAAAGGGAGUUUAGGGCCUCCUUUGUAAAACGCUGUAAAAACCACACUGUCAAUGAUAAGCUGCACCUUAUCAGGACUCUCAACAGCACAUUAAAGUCAAAAGAGGCAGACCUACAUGCAAUAGAGCUGGUGUUGACGGACCCCAGGCUUACCUCAGAAAAGUUCAAACAGUGGAAGGAGGCCAAUGGACCACUGCUGCAGGAGAUCUGUGUUAAACGUGACCAGAAGGUGGCGCCAGAGGCCACAAAAGCUGCAGCAUCAGUCAUUGCUGUUCCUGUGGUUGAGACCAGUUUAUAAGGACUCCUCGUCGCUCAGAGACUUCACACUCACAUACUCACACUGACUACUGUUCCAUAUCAAUGCUUUUUCAGUGCUAUUCAACAAGUAACUGGAUCAAUGAAGAAGUGUGUUUUUAGUUCCUAAUUGGACGUUAUAUGAUUAGCAGGUCGCGUAAAAUGUGAAACAUGUCUUAGUAUUACUUUUACUUUUCGAUUUGCAAGAUAAGCAAACUUUACAGAUUGUUUUUAUGAUUUAAGUAUGUGAACCUUGUUUUUCCAAUGGAUCCAUUGUUUACUGCCUGGAAACACUUGUUUUUAGUGCAUGUUUUAUCUACUUUUGACUUCAUCAGUAGUAGUAAACACAUUUUAACUGUUACUGUUAAGUCAAUUAUUGGUGCCAUGCACCAUCACUGCCUGUUACACAUCAGUUUUACAGCAACUGUUUAAAUGAUUGAUGCAUGUUGUUCGCCCUAUAACUGAUAUCUGACCUUCCAGACUGAAAACCGGAGUCGGAGUUUUUUCUAAUUGUACUAAAGCCAAUACAUAAGAAAUCAAAUCUACAACAUAAAACCUUACAAACCUGCUUUGUAGUUUUUUGACCACAAACAUUAACAACUUAAUUUAUAUUUUAUAUGGAUGUGAAAAAUACUUUAUUACAAACAUAUAUUUACAGUCUACUUAACUUUAGGUAGGAUGUAGCAGUACUGUUAACACAGAAUACAUGACUUAUAUUUCUCAGGGAAAAAAAACACUUUAAUAUUGUUCUUAAAGAUAGACCACCCCAGGUUUGUAUUAACAAGUUGAGUAUAUUUCCCCUCUAUCAGUUACAUGCACAGUCACAACUCCAGAGAGCAACAGGUUUUGGAGAGCUAGAAGGGGGCCAAACCAAGCUCCAGGCACAAAUAGGCAUUUUUUAUAAACCAUGUUUUAUAUUCUUUUGCAUGUUAAAUAUUAACUGUAAAUAUGUGUACAUGGAUGUGUGACAUUAAUUCUCUGUGAUCUCGAAUCUGGCAUGUUGCCCAUUUGUAUACAGGAAAAUAAAGUGUUAUCGAAGAAUUAA